UUAUGUAAGUUCUGUUAACUGCUGCUUCUGCAUAAUUUUCAGCAAUUCCCACCGGCUGCUGGCACUGGGGCCCUCCUGUGAUCUGAACACCAUAAUGUAGCCUAUGCUUUCAUAUUGCACGUACCCUUAUGCAGUGAAGAAUGCGAGACCUAACAGCUCAGGUAACGAGCAGUCUGCUGCAGUUUCCAGAGGGGACUGUUGAGGCACUUAAGGAAGCUGAGACCACCCUAGACUCUGGGCUGUGUGGGAAGUUUUCUGGAGGCAGAAGUGGCCUGGCGUGGCUGGCGUGUGGUCCUCAGCUGGAGGUCGUGAGCUCUGUGACAGGGGAGCGGCUCUCUGCGUAUCGUUUCAGCGGAGUCAAUGAGCAACCUCCCACUGUUCGCGUGGUGAAGGAGUUUUCAUGGCAGAAGAGAACUGGACUCCUGGUUGGGUUGGAAGAAGCCGAGGGAAGUGUUCUGUGUCUGUACGACCUUGGAAUCUCCCGAGUGGUUAAAGCAGUUGUUCUUCCAGGCAGAGUAACUGCAAUAGAACCCAUAAGCAAUGAUGGAGGAGCCAGUGUGAGCACUCGGCACCUACACCAGAGUCUGCGAUGGCUUUUUGGAGUGGCAGCAGUGGCUACAGAUGUUGGUCGUGUACUUCUGGUUGACCUUUGUUUGGAUGAUUUAUCUUGCAGUCAGAAUGAAGUAGAAGCAUCAGAUCUAGAAGUUGUCACUAGAAUUCCUGCUGAAGUUCCACAAAGAAGAGAAACUGUGACCAGAGAAGGGAGGCAUCUCUGUUUUCAAUUACGAAGUCCUUCAGGAAUAGCAGUGUCAACCCUGAGCUACAUAAGCAGAAGCAAUCAGCUCGUUGUGGGUUUUUCCGAUGGCUACCUGUCACUGGGAAAUAUGAGAACUUUGAAGAGGGCGCACUACACUAGGCUUGCAGGAGGAAGGAUUCCUGUCUGUGCUCUUACUUUUCAAGAACCUGAGAGUGAUCUUCGCAAUUGUUGCUACUUGUGGGCUGUUCAGUCUACACAACAAAGUGAAGGGAAUGCUCUGAGUUUACAUCUGUUGCAGUUAGCAUUUGGUGACAGAAAAUGCCUGGCAUCUGGACAAGUCAUGUAUGAGGAUUUUAAAUACUGUGUUAAACUGUACAGUUUAGAUCUCACUGGUGGAAUCUUUCCCUUGAGAGGGCAGAUCAGCAAUACUAAAUUCCUCAGCUUUCAGACCAUAGAAAAAUUUCGCAACCAUGUUGACAAAGAGGACAGCGUUAAUGAAGUAAUCUCUCCUGACACCAGUGUAUCAAUCUUCAGUUGGCAAGUGAAUACAUAUGGUCAGGGAAAACCGUCUACUUAUUUGGGUGUAUUUGACAUCAAUCGCUGGUAUCAUGCUCAAAUGCCAGACUCACUGAGGCCAGAAGGAUUCCUUCAUGCUUGCCCCUAUUUUGCGUUGUGGUCACUGGAUGCUGUAAUAAGCAUGACUUCUCCAAACCUCAUUUUGGAUAUUCUGGUACAUGAGCGGAGUUUAAGUCGGGGAGUUCCUCCUUCUUACCCACCACCUGAGCAGUUUUUUAAUCCGAGCACCUAUAACUUUGAUGUUACGUGCUUGCUGAACUCAGGAGUCGUUCACAUGACUUGCACCAGCUUCCAGAAGGAGACCUUGAAGUCUUUGAAGAAAUCUGGCCCGUUAACAAGUGAAGCCAUUCAUGACAGCUACAGCAGAUGUCUCAUAGGUGGCUUGCUAACUCCAAGACUGGUUGAUGUCCAGCCAUCCGGUUUGAGUCAGGAGGAGCAGUUGGAAGCAGUAUUGUCAGCUGCUGUCCAGACAGGUUCUUUAGAACUUCUGACUGGAUGCAUUAAACACUGGACUUGUGAAGAGCAGCCAAGUUCUGCUGUUAAUUUACGGUUUGUUCUUGAGUGGACGUGGAACAAAGUAAUCUGUACAAAAGAUGAACUGGACCAAAUAUGUGUUCCGCUGUUUGACGGCUCCUGCAACUUCAUUGACCCACAGACAUUACAGUCCCUUCAGCACUGCCAGUUGCUCUUGAGCAGCCUUAGUACAGUCUUAAACUGUUUUCUAACAGAAGCACGAGAGCUUACUGAGAAAGACUUGACAAAUAAGCAGCUGGUAACUAGCCUCAUUUCUUUGUAUGCACAAGUGGUCAUCUGGUUCUGUCGAUCCAGUCUCUCUCCUGAGGAUCUAGAUGACCACGUGUGUUUGUCUAGACCUUUCUACAAUUAUCAUUUGAUUCAGAGCUACUAUACUGGUCACCGACAGAAACUUGAGCGUUUAUCAAGAGGAAAAUGGGAUUCUGACUGCUUGAUGAUUGAUGGAAUGGUUUCCCAGUUAGGAGACCAAGUUGAGAAGUUGUGGCAGAGAGAUGAAGGAGGAACUGGGAAAUACCCACCUGCUAGUUUACAUGCACUGCUGGAUCUCUAUUUGCUGGAAAGUAUUGAAGAAAGCGACAAACAUGCAAUUACAAUUUACUUGCUGUUGGAUAUCAUGCAUACCUCUCCGAAUAAAACAGAAAGUGUAAUUGACUCUUUUCUAACUGCCUUUGCUAUCCCUUGGGGUCUCGUUAAGCUUAUUCAAGGGUUUUGGCUUCUAGAUCACAGUGAUUAUGAAAAUUCACUGGCCCUGCUCUUCCACCCAGCUACAAUCAAAACUGUGCCGUGGCAACACAGGAGAAUUAUUCAGUCCCUCAUGUGCCAGGGAGAGCACAGGCGAGCCCUCAGGUACAUGCAGAUGAUGAAGCCAUCCAUGUCAAGCAGCAGCGAAGUGCGGCUUUUCCUCACGGUGUUGUUGUCCAAUAGGUGCAUGGUGGAGGCUUGGGGUCUGUUGCAGCAACAUACCACUAAAUUAAAUGUAGAAGAGCUGUUAAAGCACAUGUAUGAAAUCUGUCAGGAGAUGGGGCUAAUGGAAGAUUUACUGAAGCUGCCGUUCACAGACACUGAAAAAGAGUGUCUGGAGAAGUUUUUACAGACCAAUGCUGGUGUUCAGAAUCAUGAAUUCCUUCUAGUCCACCAUCUGCAGCGUGCCAACUAUAUCCCUGCACUACAGCUGAAUCAGUCAAUGAAGGUUAACCUUAUGAAUGAUCGUGAUCCUCGCUUGAGAGAGAGAGCAGUUGCCAGAAAUUCUCUACUAGACCAAUAUAGUAAAAUCCUUCCUACAGUUCAAAGGAAGCUGGCUGUAGAGAGAACCAAACCUUACCGUGUGCCUUCAUCGGUCUUAAGAGAAGUCCCAAGGCCAAAGGCAUUAUCAGCAGUAACACGACAGGCUAAUGCAGGAAAUGUGCACACACGAGCAGCUUUCAUUGGUAAAGUAUUGUCCAAAUUUAGAGAAGUGUGGUUGGGAAAUGAGCAGAAAACAAGUAUCUCACAAUAUUACAGGUAA